CAUACUGUGUGAGAGAUAGCCGAGUCCCCGUGACAUCACCUGCAGCAGAUAAGCGUGUCUGUCGAGAUAUGAGUAGCAGGUCACACACGGUCGCUAGACUAUGAACUCGGCUCUCUAUUAUUCACUAUCGUUCGAAGGGUUUCCUUACUUGGACCACUUUGGCUGCCCGCAGUUUGAAGAAGGUGGAGGUUUCUCUGUUGGCUGAAGACGUUAUCACAUCUGACACGCGUCUUCGCUCUCGAUUGAUACACAACACAAGUCGUCGUUCACGACAAAAAAACGCGUCGUCGCUCUCGGUGGAUACCUCAACAGCACAACACGUCGUCGCUCUCGGUGGAUACCACGACAACACAAGCAAUCGCUCUCGGUGGAUACCCAGACAACACAACACAUCGUCGCUCUCGGUGGAUACCUCGGCAGCUCAACACGUCGUCGCUCUCGGUGUCUACCACUAUAACACAAGUAGUUACUCUCGGUGGAUACCUCGACAGCACAACACGUCGUCGCUCUCUGUGCCUACCACGACAACACAAGUAAUCGCUCUCGGUGGAAACCUCGACAGCACAAGUCGCUCUCUGUGGUUACCACGACAACACAAUACUUCGUCGCCCUGGGUGGAUACCACGACAACACAACACUUCGUCGCCCUCGGUGGGUACCACGACAUACAACACUUCGUCGCCCUCGGUGGAUACCACGACAACACUUCGUCGCCCUCGGUGGGUACCACGACAACACAGAGUUCCUCCAUCUGUACAGACCGAGCAUCAUGUGGCUGGUGGGUUUGGGCCUGCUGGGCGUGGUGUGGGUGAUGUGUAAACUGAAGCCCACGGUCCAGCUGUUUGUGAAGUUCUUGACGUACUACACGUUUAUGUCGGCGUCUGCUGUCGUGGUGAUGUUGCUGUCGUUGCUCAGCCCCGGUAACGCCAACAACUUCAGAUAUCUGAUACCACCGUUCGGUGUCUGUUCUUUAUUGCUGGGGAUCCGUGCAGAGUUGCGAGAUCUGCACAACUUGGAGUCAGACAAGCCCUAUAUUCUCGUGUCUAACCACCAGAGCUCGCUCGACUUCAUAGGUGUGAGCAUGAUGAUUCCCCGCAGGUGUACCUUCCUUGCGAAGAAGGAGCUGCUGUAUGCCGGCCCGUUCGGCCUUGCGUGUUGGCUGUGUGGUUGCAUCUUCAUCGACCGCAUGCACCACGAAAGCGCCAUCUCCACCAUGGUCAACACCGCGAGCACCAUCAAGAGGAAGAAUGUCAUUGUCUGGAUUUUCCCUGAAGGAAAACGCAACCCCAAGAAAGGACUGCAACCAUUUAAGAAGGGAGCAUUUCACCUAGCAGUUCAAGCACAGGUACCAGUUGUCCCCGUGGUGUUUUCGGGCUAUCAUUUCUACGAGAAGAAGAAACGGCUUGAUGCAGGACGUUUCACCAUCACUGCACUGCCGCCGGUCUCCACCGCAGGGUUGACUGAGGACGACGUCGGGGCCCUCACUGAAGAUAUACGACAACGGAUGCUGGAUGUUUACAACAAAACGACGUCAUAGCAACGUUAUGCGACGUGAUAUUGACAACCUUUGACAUUGCCACGUACCUUGUGGCGGUGAACAUCGUGCGUAAUGUUAUAGUUACGAGGCGUCAUGUGCACUGCACAAGGUCAAGGUCUUAGUGUACAUAUGUGUAUAGAAUAAACAAACUUC